AACUGAUCGAAUUAAACUAUAAUUUAUCCUACCCAGUUUUGAGAACAACCUAUCAAUUAUACACCCACUUGCAUCUUAGUUAUCUUCCACCUACCUAGACACCUCAGACCUUCAUCUAGUUAAACAUAGACCAGGAUUGCAGCACCAUUGUGAAAAACUAUACCGGAAAGACUUUGUGAAGGAUGACAACCACCUCCAACUGUGAACCUGAAUCUCUUUCACCAUACUAUCAAAACAGAAGCUGCUAUCCUUGAACCUACAUAGAUUCCUUGUCCUCCACACUAUCCAAGUAGUUACCAGCCACACCGUACGCCAAUAAACAGCUUGUGUACUUUGGUGAAAAGGUCCAGGAAUGAAGUUGAAAUGGUCCAAAAUGCACCUAGGAAGGGGAGCGGGACAAUUAAUCCACGACAGACAUACCUUCCAUACCUUGUCAACCACCGGGCAGGUGCAGAACAAAUGAUAAUCAGUUUCAAUAUCACUCUUACAAAAAACACAUAGUGCAUCAUUUUCUGAUAAGACAAUACUCCUGCUAGCCAGAUUAUCCACCGUAGGGAGGCCCCUACUCAUCAUUCUCCAAGCAAAAAUUUUAGCUUUUGGUGGUGCCGGGAUGGACCAAACACUGCUAGGUGCACCAAUAUUGGAUCCUACAACAGCUUCAGAGGUGAUGGCACUAUAUGCAGACCUGACUGUAUAAGUUCCAGACGGUUCACCCAACCACCACCAUGAGAAUUGAUAGUGAACCAAGGUCUGGCAACCUUAGCAUUCUUUGGAGUAGGGGUGAACUUAGUGCUGUUCCUGACAAGAGUGAUGGGGCAAGAUAAUGCUGAUGCUGCAAACAAUGUGAGCAAGUGGACUGGCACGGUUUAUAUCUUCUCUCUUGUGGGUGCUUUCCUAAGUGACUCUUAUUGGGGAAGAUACAAAACUUGUGCCAUCUUUCAGGUCAUCUUUGUAAUAGGUCUAGUAUCCUUGUCUCUUUCAUCAUACCUCUCCUUGAUUAGACCUAAAGGUUGUGGGAAUGAAACAAUUAAAUGUGGGAAACAUUCAAGCUUGGAGAUGGGCAUGUUCUACCUCUCAAUAUAUCUCAUUGCCUUGGGGAAUGGAGGGUAUCAGCCAAACAUUGCCACAUUUGGAGCUGACCAGUUUGACGAGGAGCACUCAAAGGAGGGUUACUCCAAGGUGGCCUUCUUUAGCUACUUCUACCUGGCUUUGAACCUUGGUUCACUCUUCUCAAACACAAUUCUAGGCUAUUUUGAAGAUGAAGGAAUGUGGGCUCUUGGGUUCUGGGUGUCUGCAGGCUCUGCUUUUGCAGCCCUUAUCCUAUUUCUUCUUGGGACCCCAAGAUAUCGACACUUCAAGCCCUGUGGCAAUCCUCUUUCAAGGUUCUGCCAAGUCCUUGUUGCUGCAUCAAGGAAAUGGAAAGAUCAAAUGACAGCAAAUGGAGAGGAUUUAUAUGUUGUGGAUGAAAAUGAAUCUCCCACCAAUGGCAACAGAAAGAUUCUCCACACCGAUGGGUUCAAGUUUCUGGAUAGGGCAGCCAUUAUAUCUUCCAGAGAUCUAGAGGACCAAAAAGGAGGUAUUUAUAACCCCUGGCGUCUCUGCCCUAUAACUCAAGUUGAAGAAGUGAAGUGCAUAUUAAGACUUCUUCCUAUUUGGCUCUGUACCAUAAUAUACUCGGUGGUUUUCACACAAAUGGCUUCUCUUUUUGUGGAGCAAGGGGCCGCCAUGAAAACUACAAUUUCCCAUUUCAGAAUACCACCUGCAAGCAUGUCUAGCUUUGACAUCCUCAGCGUAGCUAUCUUCAUUUUCGUCUACCGUCGAGUGAUUGAUCCACUUGUUGGAAGACUUAAAAAGACAAGUUCCAAGGGCCUUACUGAGCUUCAGAGAAUGGGAAUAGGGCUAGUUAUAGCUGUAAUGGCAAUGGUUUCAGCAGGAAUAGUUGAAUGCUACAGGCUUAAGUAUGCAAAACCAGGAUGUCCCCACUGCAGUGGCACAAGCUCUCUAAGUAUCUUCUGGCAAAUUCCUCAGUAUGCACUUAUAGGAGCUUCUGAGGUUUUUAUGUAUGUAGGCCAGUUAGAAUUCUUCAAUGCUCAGACGCCAGAUGGCCUAAAGAGCUUUGGAAGUGCCCUUUGCAUGACUUCCAUCUCCCUUGGGAACUACGUAAGUAGCUUACUUGUUAGUAUGGUUAUGAAGAUCUCCACCGAGGAUCACAUGCCAGGUUGGAUCCCUGGAAACUUAAACAGAGGUCACCUAGAUAGGUUUUACUUCCUGUUAGCUGCCUUGACAUCAAUAGACUUGGUUGUUUAUAUUGCAUGUGCAAAGUGGUUCAAGAGUAUACAACUGGAAGGGAAAUAUGAAGAGAAUGAUAAGCCUGGUAGCUUUAAAGUCUAAUUUACGAUGGAUAACAAACAAAGGCUAUGAUAAUGGCAUAUAUAUAUAAAUAAGAGAAAGAAGGGAUCAACUAGUCAAAUUAACUUGAGCUAUAGCUGCUAUUGGAAGAAAAGAAGGCUGGUUUGCAGUAAGAGAGGCCCUUUUUACCUGAGUCUCUUAUAACUGUAGUCACUGUUUUUUGUUUCAACUAACGGUUUGUUUGGUUUGAGAAAACAAUUUGUUUUCCUUUUUUUUGUUUUCACAAAUAAUAACUAAAAUGUUACCUUGUUUCCGAUUUGUAUCCUGCUUUCAAAAUUUUGUAUAGGAAAUGGUAGAAACAACAAAAUGUUGUUUACACCAGUUCUUGAACAAAAUUUUGAAAUCUAAACAAAGUGAAAAUAAGGUAACCUUUUUAUAAUUAUUUAUGAAAACUGAAAAUAAAGACGACAGAUCUUUUCACAAACCAAACAAACCCCUAUAUUUUCAGUUUAUGUUCUUGAAUCCAGGUUGUGUAAAACUAAACUUUUUGAAGAGACAAUGACAGUUUCAGGGUCACUUUAAGCCUCCUUUCGUAUGUCUUUGUACGUUCCAUUGUUAACAACGAAUGUUAUUUUGAUUUCCAA